CUUUAGAGGUACAUCGAAUGGACCUUCUCUAAUUUCAACAUCUGAUGGUAGACCUUGGAUGUCAACUCAAUAUUUCAAAUUCAAGUUAAUUACAAAUGAAAGUAUUGAUGUAAUUGCUAAUACGUUUUUACAAGAAAUGACGCCAGGAGAUCAACCAAGACUUAAAUACAAUUUUAUAUCAGCAAUCAUGCGUUGCUUACCAUAUGGAUGCGUAGGAGAUAGAGAAUUGACUAUGGUGAUGAAGGUUGAACAUGUGGUGAAUCUUUAUUAUGUAGACUGCUUCAAUCAUGCUAAUGGCUUUGAUAUUGUUCAUGUUAGCGUUCGUGACCUAAUUGAUGAGAAUACAU